UUGAGCGGAAAACAAAUCAAUUCAGACAGGAACUUUCCGAAUUAGUUUAACCGAAACCUCGUCGAUAACUAUAAAUCAUGUUUGUACCCCACACUGUAGGGUUUAUGUUUACUAAACUAAGAUCUCGUAUAAUUUUUUGACUACCUGGAACAAGACUGAAGUCGGUGCUAACGGAAUGUUGGGAAUCAGCGGAUUUUUUAUCAAGUGUGCAACUGGACCGACCUGAUGAUGGAGAUCUUAUUUUUGUUUACAGCUUGUUUUCUUCACGUAUCUGCAGACACACACUCUCUGCAGCACCUCUACACUGCAGUCACAUCAAAAAUACAUUUCCCUUCUGUAGAGUUUACUGCUGUCGACCUGCUGAAUGGAGAGCAGAUUACGUCCUACAACGGCAACAACCAGACACUGAUCCCAAAGGAUUGGAUAAAGAAUAUUACAGAAGAAACUUAUUGGAAGAGUAAGACACAGGACAUGCAGGGCAAUCAGGAAACCUUUACCAGGAAAUUCACAACAGUAAUGGAAUCUUUUAAUCACAGUAAUGAAGGUCACACACUACAGCGGAUGUACGGCUGUGAGCGUGAUGAUGACAACACCAUCAGAGGAUACGAUGUGUACGGUUAUGAUGGAGAAGAUUUCAUCAGUCUGGAUCUGAAAACUGGAACAUGGACUGCAGCCAGUGCUAAAGCUGUGAACAUUAAACACAAGUGGAAGUCUAAAGAAGCUAAAUACCAGAAGAACUACUUGGAGAACGAGUGUAUUGAGUGGUUGGCGAAGGACAGGAAAGUUUGUCCCGAGGCAUCAGUGUUCCAGAAAAACUCGUCUUCUCCAGAGGUGGUGUGUCAUGCUACAGGCUUCUUCCCCAAAACAGUGAUGAUCACCUGGCAGAAGGACGGAGAGGACGUGCAUGAGGGCGUGGAUCUCAGAGAGACGUUACCCAACCAGGAUGGAAGCUUCCAGAAGAGAAGCAUUCUGACAGUCUCAGCUGAGGAUCUGCAGAAACACACCUACACCUGCGUGAUUCAGCACAGCAGCUUGGAGACCGACAUCAUUAUGCCUGUGAGAGAGCGCCCAAUUCUGAGAGGUAGACGAUUAAGUAGAGGGCGGAUUGGUGUCAUCGCUGCUGUAGCCGUGGUUUUCGUUGCCAUUGUUGCUGGAAUUGUGGUCUGGAAGAGGUACAGCAGUGGCUUCAGAAAUGUUCCACAAAACAUUAGCUCCUCUGGAGGAGCUUUAUCCUCUAACAAUUCUGUGUAGGAGGUGUGACUGUGUUCCCGCUGCACUGAGAGAGAGAGAGGAGGAGAGGCAGAUGAAGACAGAUAUUGUACAAUACUUUAUGAAUACAUAUUAAUAAUUUUAAAAAAAUCAAAAUUCUUGUCUUGUUUUCUUUUAUACUGUACUUUAGUAUAGCUAGACUAUACUAUACUAUAAAGUUUA